GUGCCAUAUGACGAAACCAAUUUCUGGAUGAAAUACAUACUACAAAACCUAAAUGAGGUUUGUUGUUUUGAGGUUGUGGAGAUAGUCGAACGUGUUCGCCUUGGGGAAGGAUGUUCCUCCCGAGUCGCCGUAUUGGCCAUUCAUGGCUACCAGGGAUCAUGUUGAAGGUGACAGGUAGACUCAUGGCCGGAGCCUUCACCUUGUGGCCGGCCACUGUCUACGCCGCGGCGGGUGACGGAAAGAAACCCACGCCUGCAAAGCUGAAACGGGAAGACCUGUCGCUGUACGCCCCGCCGCGACAAGAGAAAGCCGUCUCCGAGGAGCCGAAAGCCGGGCAACUGGAGCGUAGUGUUGCCACGCUGCGGAAGUUUGCGGAGCCGUACGCUGCCUGGUGUCGGACCACCUACGACCGCAUCGAACCUAAAGUGCAAAGCGCGGCGCAGCUGGCGGGCAACUCCUGGGCGUUUCUCAAAAACCCGCCGGGGGACUUCUACGCGCGUGCCGGUAUCAUUGGCUGUACCGGCGUGCUGGGGCUGCUUCUGGCCAGACGCUCGCGGGUAAAGAGGGUCAUUUAUCCGGCGGGUCUCAUGGCCACCAGCGCCUCCCUCUACUACCCAGAUCGUGCUGCGACCGUCGCCAGGUCCGCCGGCGACACCUUAUACGAGGGGGCCGUGAACGGCUACGCCGCCAUGGAAAGGAUCCUGAAACCGCAAAGCAAAAAGGCCGAGCCGGGCGUCGACUCUCCGGGGAAACGUUGAGGGUCACCAAAGCAGGAAGACAACAGCAGCUCCAACAACUGGGUGCUCUUAUUUAUGCCUACAUUUUGUACGAAGAUAACUCAGGCUGGACAAUUAGAAUGUAUAUUUUAUGCAGAGAAUUAUUACAAAAAUAAUAAACAGUCAAACGUU